GGACUUGAAUAUAUAAUCAGCUUAAAUCUGAUCUUCAUCUCAAAGACAGGAUGACAGCUAAAAUAGCGGAUGAGGUUUCUGUGUCUCUCAGCAGCAUUGUAGACAGUAUUCCUAAAAAUGUGUACACAGCGGAGGGCGCGAUUGUUUUUAAAGAAGAGGCCGUAGGGGAGGAAGAGCACGGAGGGAAACCUGAUGAGAAUGGCAGCGGUGGUCUUCUGUUCGAGGGCAAAAGCGCACCUGAGCUAUCUCUCCACGGCGACUUGGCGCAGUGCGUGGCAACUUUACGCACGCACCCCGUGGCGUUCACCGGCAAGUUCUCGGUGGACUCCAGAGGCGUGGGGGGACCGUGGACACCGGGGGACGUCAUCAACGUGAUCAGCGCUGACAUCGCCACCCCAGGACCGGCCACGGUGUCUGGAUCGUUUUCAGGGUCACCCGAUAUUUACGCAGGAGGAGAAGGAGGGGGAGACGCAGCGGACGCGGGGGACGGCACCAUGGCGCACGGCCAGCCGGACAUCAGCCACAUGUACGCGCCUCCUCACCCUCAUUCCCACCAUCACCCAGCUCCUUCCUACUCAUGCAGUGGGGAUAUGUACCAGGAUCAGUCGGCAGGGGGGUACCUGGCGACGUCCACCUGCGCCGUGUCCUACCACCCACCUCCAUCCUACAACCCUGUGCCCAAACCGACCGUAGAAGGCGCCGCGCUGCUGUCUAUCAUGCCUGAGUACGGAGGUUUCUACCAGCAGAGCUGCCAGAGAGAUAUCCAGACGGCUUUCCCAGAGAGGAAAUCCCUCUCAUACCCGCUAGACUCCCUCAGGGUGCCUCCGCCUCUCACUCCUCUCAACACCAUCAGGAACUUUACGCUCGGUGCGCCCUCGCCGGCCGCCGAGGGUCCGAUGGCUGCCGCUUUCCCCAGCCACCAGAACCUCCCUCUCAGACCCAUCUUGAGACCCAGAAAGUACCCGAACCGGCCGAGCAAGACGCCCGUCCACCAGAGGCCGUACCCGUGCCCGGCUGAGAGCUGCGACCGCAGAUUCUCCAGGUCGGACGAGCUGAGCCGACACCUGCGCAUCCACACCGGGCACAAACCAUUCCAGUGCCGCAUCUGCAUGAGGAACUUCAGCCGCAGCGACCACCUCACCACCCACAUCCGCACGCACACCGGGGAAAAACCCUUCUCCUGCGACCAGUGUGGGCGGAAGUUCGCCCGGAGUGACGAGAGGAGGAGGCACAUGAAGAUCCAUCUCCGGCAGAAGGAGAAAAAGUCCUCUGCGUCCUAAUUCUCACUGCGCACUGCCCGAAGCUGCUGAAUGUAAACUUUCUGAAUCUGACCUGGAUCAGCUCCUGCCACAGUCUGUCUGCCAAAAGACCCCAAAUCUAUAUUCUGUAGUUUAUAUUGUUCUCACAAAAGAUGGGAAAACAUUUGGAAGCCAUAUCUUUAAAAACAACAGGGAGAAUCUGAGUUCUCAGUGAGGUGUUCAGUCAUUAUUUAUCACAUUAACUAAAACAUAACUCCUCAGUCAUCAGUCUGUGGUGCAGAUUAUAACCAGAAAUAUAACACAAAAGGAGCUGAACAUUCUGGGGUUAAAUUAUAUGAAAUGUAAAUGCAGUUUGGUUUACACUAAAGGCAGUAACAGCUGGUGUGCUAACGCUCUUUAAAACACAAUGUGCCCGACUGCUACAGCUUGCUUUAGUGCUCCGUGGCAAGGCAUUGUGUCUACUGUCUAUGCUUCAUAUUCUCAGGGAUUCAAUUACAAUUCAGGCUGCAAACGCGAAGCCAAAAUCCUGCAGGUCAGCUGAGUGACGCAGGAGGGGUUUUCCUGCUGCUGCACUGCCUCCAGCUGUCGGUGGGUUGGCUUCAUUUAACUGCAGUAAAAUGCACAAAAAACAGAAAAUAUACAGUCAUUGUGACGUCAGAGGGAGCUUUUGGACCCUUAUUUAAACUUUGUGCACCCAUUUCCCCCCAAAACACAGAGAGAUAGUUUCACUUUUCUACAAUUUGUCUUUUUGGUUCUGUGGUCAGGAAAAUGUAAUUUAAGCUUCAUCCCAUCUCUGAUCAUGUAAAUUUAAUUGUGAGCUGGGAAUCUUCACAUCCUCUCCUCCACUGUUAAAUGGUAGCUACAUCACAAAUGCUCAAAACCGUAACUGAAAUGAUAUCAUAUUAAAGUUAGAAGACGUUUUUACAUGAGACAGACACACGAAAUGGCACGAAAAUGUGUCGACAUUUUGAAAGUUUGAACAUAAAACAGAUGCCAAACAGAAAUUACAUUCACUAUUUUAGUCUGACUCUGCUGCACAGUAUUUAAAAUAUUAAGCUACUUGGAGUGAGGAAACAGAGAUGUCAGAGUGCACCCAAGAGAAACUGUGACAUCACAAAUCAGGGCGGGGCUAAAGUGGGAAACUCAGUGACAAUUUAAUUCGCUAGACGCAGCAAAAUGAAGCUUUUUUUUAACCUGGUUUUUGUAUCAUAUUAGAAAUGUCGAAACAAUGUUUAAUUUACCCGAUGAAGAAUGGGACUUUGGUUUAUACACAGCACAUGUUGGGACUUUAUGAGACUGUAGCCUGAUAAUCUGUUUACUUUUUGGGUUAGAUUUUUAUUUCUGGAUGCUUUCAGGUGUAUGCACAGACCUGUUGAUACUUGUAAAGAUCCAACCAGCAUUUCUACCUGAUGAAUGUGAGAUAAAGAGAGAAAGAGUCACUGGACAAAUAAAAGUUCUGUUUUUUGUGUUUUAUAAUUUUUAUGCAAACGAGUCAAGCACUAAAGCUUUUAUUCUGCUGGACUGAUGCUUCUUGUCAAUGCAAAUAAAUGUUGACUUG